UUGACUAUAGAUCAGUCUAUAGUCUUGACUAUAGAUCAGUCUAUGGUCUUGACUAUAGAACAGUCUAUAGUCUUGACUAUAGAUCAGUCUAUAGUCUUGACUAUCGAUCAGUAUGCGGUGUUAACAAUAAAUCAGUCUAUAAUCUUGACUAGAGAUCAGUCUAUAAUCUUGACUAGAGAUCAGUCUAUAGUCUGAACUAUAGAUCAGUCUAUAAUCUUUACUAUAGAUCAGUAUACAGUUUUCGUUGUAGUUUAUCUUGACUAUACAUCAUUUUGUUUACUUGAUUGUAGAUCAGUUAAGCAAUUACUUAAACAUGUCCACCAUUACCUUAAUUAAAUUAUUAUUUUCUAUAAAAUUUACAUAAAAUAACAAAUUAAGAAUAACAUUCCUUAAUAUUAAAAUAAAACUUUUCUUUAAAAAUUAACAUUUUAUAUUUAUAUGCAUUAAAAACUAAAGAUGAUAUUCUCUUAUAAAAAUUACAUGACGUAUUUAUUAUUAAGAUAUUUUUAUACUCUUAUACAACAUAAACUUACUUUAUAUACUUAUAAUAUAUUUUUGUACUUUUUAAUAAAACUAUUUUGGAAAUAAAAUGAUUUUUUUUUAAAUAUUUCUUUUAAAAUAAUAAAAUAAAAUUAGUUUUAAGCAGGGAAAUGUUUCUGUUUAUUUUCUCUCUCCCUCUCUUUUGCUCUUCAAAAAGAAAAAAAGAGAUUUUAUUUGCAGGUUUUUUUUUAGCAAAGAAUGCUUAAAGAAAAGCUUCAUCAUCAUCAACAACUAAAAUUCAUACUUCCAACAUCACCAUCAUCAUCACCAUCAUAAUAUUAAUUAUCAUCAUGAUCAUCAUCACUAUUAGCAUCCAUCUCUCCAACAACGCCUGUCAUUUAGCUCAUAAUGGUUUUGUUUGAAAAAUAAGCCAAAAACAAAUAAUAAACUCCCCAGCUUUGCUCGCUUGCUCAGUAACUAGUCUAGACAGCUCUCUCUUUCUUACUCAUUUUGCGCCAAAUAAAAAAAAAAUAAUCCUUACAACAAAAUCAAUAGCAACAACACCAUUAAAAUGUAUCACCAACACCACUAAAACAAAACUCUCUCUCUCAAAAAAACUCAAACCAAUAACUCUUGUGGCGCCAGCAGCUGUUCAUCGUCAUCUUUAUCAAAUCCCGGCAAUUCAAAUUGUCAAACAUCACCGCCUCCACCACCCCCUCAGUCACUGAUACGUGACUAUUGGUAUGAAUUGAAAUUUUCGGAUUUAUUUAAAUUUAUCAAUGCCGAUGGUCGCUAUCAAUGUCCACGUUAUAAUUGUUUAAAAAGUUAUAAAGAUGCUAGCUCUCUACAGCGACAUAUCAGAUCACUUACAAUUACUUAUACUCACCACUACAGCUGAUAAUCUACCACCAACAACACCACCACCACAACAACAACAACAACAGAUAACUCCCUCUAAUCAUGAUUUCAUUAUAAUGGAUGAUAUAAAUGACAUUAGUAAUGCUCUCAACAAUAGCGCAGCAACACACUUACCCACAUCCGAAGAACAAAAUGAACAUUGUACACAUUUAGAUUCUUCUUGUCAAUCACCAGAUCAAUUUUUCAUUUCAAUGGUUAAUGAAUUUCUCAAUGAUGAUACCACUACACUACCCGAUGAUACCAACAAAACUUCUCCCUUAGCAGCUAUAGAAUAUCUAGAAGAGCCUAAUGAAACAGGUGUAGAAAGUCUUAUUAAUUUUCAUUGUUUAACUAAGAAUAGCUCAAGCUCAAGUUCAUCCUCCUCUUCUUCUUCUUCGUUACUAAGCACAACAUCAGCUAAGGAAAUACCAGUAGUCUCACCGAUUUCUUCUGCUAUAGGUUUUCGUAUCAAUAAAUUAACGGAUGAUACUAGAAAUAUGAAUUCUCUACUUUUAACUAAUUUAAAUGAAAAUUUACCGGAUAAUGUUAAGGAGAUUUCUUAUCAGAGAUUUGGUCGUUUCAAUACUAAUCUACCAGCUGAGGUACAUAAUUUUAAGUGUCAUCUAUGUGCAUUUUCAUGUGCUUUAAAGGAUGUAUUAUUACAACAUUUUCAGGAUAAACAUCCGACUUAAGAAAUAGGAAAAAAAAACAAAAACGAUUUUGAAUUAGAAAUUGAAAAUUUAUAAAAAUAUUGGAAUUGUAUUGAAAUAGUUUUAAAAUGUUAAGAAUUCAACUAGCUAUAGUCUGGUUCAGAGUUAAGGCUAUGGUUUAUAGUCAAGUCUAUAAGACAGACUAUAGUCUACUAUAUAGUCUGGCUAUAUAGUCAAUAGAUCAAACAUAUAGUCUUGACUACAUGUAAGACUAUAGUCUGAUGUAUAGUCAAUACUA